CGACGGUGGGUCAACAUGAAUGCUCUGACUGUGAUUUCCGUGGCAGCCCUCGUGGCUAGCGGCAGCGCCUCCUUGCUUGCGUACAACGGCGUAUAUGGAGGCCAUCAUGGCCUUCUUGGCGCCUAUCCUUAUGCAAGUUAUUCUGGUCUGCACCCUUACUCAUAUGCAGGUGUACACCCUUACUCAUUCGCAGGUGUACACCCUUACUCAUACGCAGGUGGUCUUCCUGCAGUUGCUCCUCUCAACCUCAAAACACCUGUGGUCAACACUGUGGCUCCUGCACCUGUCUCUUACAACGCCGCUCCCUUUGCACCUGUAGCACCUAUCCAGUCUCAGUACCACGCUCAGGACGAGCUCGGCCAGUACUCAUUCGGUUACUCUGGCGGUCCAUCUUCACGCGCUGAGUCUCGCGACGCCUUCGGUGUUGUCCGUGGUUCGUACAACUACGUGGACUCUGAGGGCAAGCUUCAGACUCAGCACUACGUGGCUGACGCCCUUGGAUUCCGUGUGUCCGGCACCAAUCUUCCAGUGGCUCCCGACGCCCCUGUGACUGCCCCUUUGGCCGCUCUUCCCGGUCCCCUUCCCGAACCCGUCCAGGACACUACUGAGGUAGCCGCUGCCAAGGCAGCCCAUCAACAGGCUUACGACGAAGCUGCAGCCGCCGCCGAAGCUGCCCCCGACACCCGCAAGAAGCGUUCCGUCCUUGCGGCUCCCGGCGUCUACUCUCCUCUCCGUUUCUCAUACGGCUUCUCCACUCCCUUUCACUACGCCCACCCACCAACUUAUGCUUCUCCUCUUCACUACACUGCCGCUCGUCCCGCCCUCACCACCUACAACGCUGCUCACGUCCCCACCACAUACGCCGCCGCCGCCGGACCCGCUCUCCGUGACGCCGACCUCCUCCGUGUGGUCCACAACCCCGGCCACGCCACCUCCUACCAUAUGUUCCCAGGAAUUACUUCCCGAUACAUGAUGCCUGCCAAUAGUGUGUUCAAGUCGAGUGUUGACACUUCUAAUGUUAGUCCACACAAUGUAAAAAGCAAUCAUAUUUGCACCCAUAAAGGUAUCCGGAUGUGGAAGGCAAGCCCCGCCCAUCCCAUGAUGACUGUGAUUUCCGUGGCAGCCCUCGUGGCUAGCGGCAGCGCCUACUUGCUUGCGUACAACGGCGUAUAUGGAGGCCAUCAUGGCCUUCUUGGCGCCUAUCCUUAUGCAAGUUAUUCUGGUCUGCACCCUUACUCAUAUGCAGGUGUACACCCUUACUCAUUCGCAGGUGUACACCCUUACUCAUACGCAGGUGGUCUUCCUGCAGUUGCUCCUCUCAACCUCAAAACACCUGUGGUCAACACUGUGGCUCCUGCACCUGUCUCUUACAACGCCGCUCCCUUUGCACCUGUAGCACCUAUCCAGUCUCAGUACCACGCUCAGGACGAGCUCGGCCAGUACUCAUUCGGUUACUCUGGCGGUCCGUCUUCACGCGCUGAGUCUCGCGACGCCUUCGGUGUUGUCCGUGGUUCGUACAACUACGUGGACUCUGAGGGCAAGCUUCAGACUCAGCACUACGUGGCUGACGCCCUUGGAUUCCGUGUGUCCGGCACCAAUCUUCCAGUGGCUCCCGACGCCCCUGUGACUGCCCCUUUGGCCGCUCUUCCCGGUCCCCUUCCCGAACCCGUCCAGGACACUACUGAGGUAGCCGCUGCCAAGGCAGCCCAUCAACAGGCUUACGACGAAGCUGCAGCCGCCGCCGAAGCUGCCCCCGACACCCGCAAGAAGCGUUCCGUCCUUGCGGCUCCCGGCGUCUACUCUCCUCUCCGUUUCUCAUACGGCUUCUCCACUCCCUUUCACUACGCCCACCCACCAACUUAUGCUUCUCCUCUUCACUACACUGCCGCUCGUCCCGCCCUCACCACCUACAACGCUGCUCACGUCCCCACCACAUACGCCGCCGCCGCCGGACCCGCUCUCCGUGACGCCGACCUCCUCCGUGUGGUCCACAACCCGGCCACGCCACCUCCUACCGCGUGCACAACUGAGUACCACCUCAUUCACUCACAGUCACUUGUGUGGACCUGGUGUGUAGAGCACUCGCCUGAUUCUCAUCUUUAAUCAGCAGAUAUGUUCCCAGGAAUUACUUCCCGAUACAUGAUGCCUGCCAAUAGUGUGUUCAAGUCGAGUGUUGACACUUCUAAUGUUAGUCCACACAAUGUAAAAAGCAAUCAUGUAAAUCACAAUGUAAAAUAGAUUUCUCAUAAAUAAACAAAUAUUCUAAAU